AUGCUCGAAGUCUCGACGAAUUCCAUGUGUUUCGACACAGUCGCAUCAACGAGCCGGCCGAAAAAUGAGCUGGCCAGAUCCGACAUGACCCAGGUGGUCGCGUUGGCGGUGAUAACCCGAUUGCACGACUGGUGUGUGCAGCUCUUCUGGAUCACGGUAUUCUGUGUGAUGGGCGUUUGCGGGGACGAAGAAUCCCGGACGUCCAUCUACCAGCUUCACGAAAAACAACAGCAACAACAAUCGCUGACGCGGAAACGAACCAGCAUAGCCGAGAUUGAGAUGAAGUUGCUCCGCCACAUCACCUCGGCCAUUGCUGACGACUCUCGACGUGACAAAGUCGUCGGAAAGAACGACUCGGCCCUCGUCGCCCGCCUCCAUCCACAGUUAUUUCUGAUAUUGAGAAGCGUCUUGAGGAACUGA